AACGUCGACGUGUUUGUCAAAGUCACUAUAGUGUCAAAUUAUAUUUGUCAAUAAAUGUAAAAUGAAAGUGAAAUGUAAUUUCUGAUGUAAAUUUGUUAUUAGUAUACAUUUUUUUAAAUUAAUAAAAGCAAAUAUUCAAAUUAGUAUUUCCUCAUGACUGACUAAUUCCCUCCUAAAUGUCAUGGUUCGCGGACCUCGCCGGUAAGGCGGAGAAUCUUCUCAACAAUCUAGACGAACAGACAGGCGCGGUCCUGCGGAAUACCAAUGGCAUUAAACAGAAAAAACAUGAUCUGCUUCACCCAGAACCAACUUGGAGUCAGAAGAGGAAGCCCCUGGCGCGUAGUUCAAGACGAAAUGCAACAAUUUCCGAUACGAGAUCAACUGUUACACCUACAAAUAGAAGUCCUCCAAGUAAAUCUGCCCAAGUGAAACCUUUUAUAAAAACGCAAGAUGUUUCUUCUUCAGAAAGGUCUCCGAAAAAAUCUCCACCUAGAAAACCUAAUUACAGUCCCAAUAACAGUCCCAAAACUUUCGCUGAUGAUUUCAAAGAUGACAUAUAUUUCACUUAUGGUGUGAGGAAAAGACGACUCAGCCUACCAUCAGAUUUAGAAACAAUCAACACUGAACAGAUGGCAUAUAAUAUGCAAAAUUUGGAAGUUGAAAAUGCUAUGUUGAAAAAUGAACUCAAUGUAGUCAACAGAGAGGUUUCAGAGUUGCUUGACAGAUUAAGAAAGACUGAAGAUGAAUUAAGAAGUUCUACAAUAAAAUUGGAAAAUGUCGAUAAACUUAAUCAUCAGCUAAUUGAAGAAAAGGAACUAUUGAACUCAGAAGUACGGAAUGUAGCAUUAAUUGCAAGCAAUCAGAGCAACGCUGAGUUGAAAUAUAAAGAACAUAUACAAGAUUUAAAAACACAGAUGACUUUAUUGAAUGACAGAAAUACGGAACUUGAUGAAAAAAUACAUAAGCUGUCUGAGGAGUUGGAACAGAAAGUAAAUACACAAUUGAAACUAGAAAAUGAACUGCGACAUACACACACUACUAUAACAGAAUUGCAGAGUAACUUGGACAAAUCAAACUCAGAGUGCCUUAGACUAGAAAGGGAUUGGGAAGCUUAUAAAUUAAGAGUGAAGAGUAUGUUACAUGCCAAAGACAACGCGAUCAAAUCGAUGCGAGACGGCUCUAAUAUUGACGAAGACACCAAAGUGUUGAUGGAACAGUUACAAUCCUUGAAAGAAGAAAAGGAAGAGUUGUCAGUGGCUAUAAACGAUGUUCGGAAUGAGUCUAAUGAUUUGAAGCAACACAUGGCUGAACUAGAACUGAAGUAUAGCGCUGCUGAACGCGUCGUGGCGGCGUUGAGGGAUACUUUGAAAGAGGAACGCCUUGCAAGGAACAGGGCCGAAGCUCAGUGUGGCUCUUUUAGUAAGGAAAUACAAAACAUACAAAUGGAAAACGGCCAGACAAUAGCCAGUUUGCGUAAAGCAUUACAGGAUAAGGAAAACGAAUUGAUACAUUUACGAGAAACGGCGUCGUCUAUACGUACAAGCGACACGAGUGCCUUGAACGUAGCGGACUAUGACGUCAUCAGGGAUAUUGACAGCGAAAAAAUACAUUACUUGACACAGACAUUGAUACAGAAGCAAGGAAAGAUUGAUUCGCUGUUGGCUGACAAUAACAUACUGAGGAUACAGUUGGAUAAAUUGGAGUCUAAACACCGAUCUGAAGUGGCGUCACUUCGCGCCAAAUAUUCCCAUAGCGUCGUUCAUUUGCAAGAUGGCGGGAGCCGUUUACGUCACCACAGUCCGUCGCCGUUGUACGCGUUGUCUUUGAGGCUCGGGCUAAUGAUGAAAAGAUUCCCGAUAUUUAGAGUGCUCAUACUGAUUUAUAUGAUUGGUUUGCAUUUGUGGGUGUUGACGGUACUGUUAACAAGUACGCCAGAAGACUACGUACCAAGGUCGAGUAAAUCGUGAAAAUCAAAAUAACAAUUAUCACACUGUACCUUCGUUAGAAUAGCAAUAAAUAUUUUUUAAUGUAUAGAUUAAAUAUAUACUAAAUAUAAAUAAGAAAUUAACGGGCAUGUUUGUGUUAUGUAAUUCUUUUAAACAUUGUUAAAUCCGCACAAAAAUCGAGGACUAGUACAUAAUUGUUUUUCUUAAUAAAUUUAUAUAUGUGUUUAAUCAUAACAUUCCCACGUGCUUAAAAGGUUGUUCUAAAUUUAAAUUUUUAAAAAUAAUGGUAAGUGUUCAAUAUAAAUAAAGUUAGUCAUACCCGCAUAUAUUUGUUUUUUGUAGCCUCUUGGGUAUUUUUUAAAUUAAUUGACCGCGAUGCCUUUUUACUCUCCGAAAUAUUUUUCCCGUAUUGCGUUUACUGAUCAACAUAGUUUUCAGUUCCUUUUUACUAACGUCUAAAAAAAAAUGUUGAAUGUCAUAUUCUUACUUGCCAGUAACAAUGUUUUUUCUUUUUUUUUAUAUGGGAUAAAAUAAAUAUUGCUCAAAGCCAA